GAACACAAUGUAACAGCCAGGCUUGCUUGCUCCUUGAACUGUCUUGCUCUGGUCUCAGCAGAGGCCGGCCUAAUCAUGGGUUUCGAUUAUUACACUGUGUUGGACAUCAACAGGAGUGCCCAGGAUGCAGACAUAAAGAAGGCGUACCGGAAACUUGCCCUGAAGAACCACUGGCUAAAUGCCCGGGAUCCACGCUCGGUGGAGCGUUUUAAGCAGAUAGCAGAGGCCUACGAUGUGCUGAGUGACCCUAUAAAGAGAGCUAUCUAUGACAAAUUUGGAGAGGAAGGUCUGAAGGGCGGGAUCCCCCCUGAAUUCAGUUCCCAAGUGACAUGGACAAAGGGUUAUGUCUUCCAUGGGGAUCCCAACAGAGUCUUCCAUGAAUUCUUCGGGGGAGACAACCCCUAUAGCGAGUUCUUUGAUCCUGAUGGCAUGGAUGUGAACUUGAACUUUGGGGGCCUUCGGGGCCGUGGGAUCAAGAAGCAGGACCCUCCCAUCGAGCGAGAUCUCUACCUGUCCUUGGAGGACUUGUUCUUUGGCUGCACCAAGAAGAUCAAGAUUUCCCGAAGGGUAAUGAAUGAUGACCGAUUCUCGUCCACCAUCAAAGACAAGAUCCUGACAAUUGAUGUCCUGCCGGGCUGGAAGCAGGGAACCCGAAUCACUUUUGAGAAGGAAGGAGACCAGGGCCCCAACAUCAUCCCGGCUGACAUCAUCUUCAUUGUAAAGGAGAAACUGCACCCCCGUUUCCGGAGGGAGGAUGACAACCUCUUCUUUGUCAGCUCCAUUCCCUUGGGCAAGGCUCUGACCUGCUGCACCGUGGAGGUGAAGACUCUGGAUGACCGGCUCCUCAACAUCCCCAUCAACGACAUCAUACACCCCAAGUACUUCAAGAAGGUGCCGGGUGAGGGGAUGCCCUUGGCCUCGGACCCCACCAAGAAAGGAGAUCUCUUCAUCCUCUUUGACAUCCAGUUCCCCACUCACCUCUCCCCAGCCAAGAAGCAGUUGCUGAAGCAGGCGCUGCUGUGACCCAGGGCCAGCCCGGCCUGCCUCAGGAGGUGGGGGAGGGACUGACACCCGGAGAUGCCCGCGGGCGUUCUGGGACCAAGAGCGCAGCUUCGAGGGCGGGCAGAACCCUAGUGGGGGGAGGGGUCUGUCUGCAAGUAAUAAAGCUUUCUACAAAAGACAAAUUGGCUGCAUUUGCGUCAGGGCCGAUUGCAUCCAGGCAUGGACCCCGGGCCCCCAGGGACCUUGAUGAGGGUCCAGUCUAACAGGAUGAGACUUAGAACUUGCAACCAGAAUGGUCCGCUUCAAGUUCUGUUCAUUUUUCAGUCCCGCCUUUUUCUGGCCCCUUCUCUUGGUACAUUUCCUACAGCACUUUACAGGUGAGUGAGAUGCUGUGGCUUAAACAGCCCGCCCAGGGCCAUGCAGGGAGUAAACAUUUGGAACUAAAGGCCGGCCACCUGGGCCACCUUACUUGCAUUUAUAAAGCAUUUUCCAUAAAAUGGUGGCUGCCUCUUAAGAGUGGGGAACAGAGCAGGCAGGCAUUGGGAGGGUGGAGAUGGGGGGGAGGAGGGCAGCCCCGUAACCCAGUGAUGCAGACACACAGGGUGGAGGAUGGCAGGAGACCAGGGCCUGUGCACAAAGGCUUGUUCUGGACAAUGUGUAAAGGGGGCCAGCAGCUUUCUAAAGCCGCCCUUCCCCCUGCCCAUCUCCCAGCACAAGUGUGGGACCAACCCAACUCAGAUUUAGUUCUGGGGACAAUCCUAAGGAAUUUAGCACUUACCUACCUUGGGGAACAUUAGCCCUGUGCCUUUAAUUUCUCAGAAAACCAACUAAGCCCCGGCUUGAACCCAUGUCCUUCAAAGUCCAGUCCUUUCUCCGCCCUAUUAAACCACCUCACAUUUACAAAAGAUACAUUCAUAAAAAGGUCAUUCUUAUGUACAUGUACCCGUCCGCUGCCAAUGAAAAGUGCUCUGAGAAGCCAAAAUGGCUUGGCUCAUGAGGAAGCAGGGGCAACAACUGUUAGCCUGGGCCAAGCUGCUCCCAGUAGCCAGUCGGAGAUCUCAGCCUGCUUCCUCAGGACAGAAUGUUCAUGGCUAACCCCUGGUGGUAGCUGGCUGGGCCUAGCCUGAGCCUGGCAGCUAACUGCUCUCAAGUGGAAAGAGGGGACAGUGGGGUGAUGCAGUAGAUGGACCAGCCCUAAAGUCAGAAGGACCCCUCCUUCCCCGCCCCAGUUCAAAUCUGGACUCAAGACAAGCUUUCUGGCUAGUUGACCCUGGGCAAGUCACUUAACCCCAAUUGCCUCAAAACCCCCCCAAAAGUCCAUCUUAAUCUAAAAAUUUGUGCACUUGUGGACAAGGACUAUCAGUUUUUUAAGAGCUCCCAGCAAAGCACAUAGUGGGUGUGCGCUUAAUAAAUGCUUGUUAAUUCCAAAUUAGGAUAUGGUCUAAAACAGAGGUUGGUAUAUUACAACACAGGACAACUGAAAUGGCCUUAUUUAAAGUAGAGACAGCCUGCACAUUCUGGGUUCUGGUCUGGCUUUAUUAGAAGUAAAGAGCUUAAGAACUGGGUGGGCUGCAAUGGUAGAAGCAACAGGCUGGAAAUGGAUAAAAUGGGGCUAACUCAAGGGGAGGAGGGGAAUUUCUCCAGUGGUGAAACAAGGGAGAGGAAUGGGGGAAAAUAGAAGGGAGGGGAGGCAGGAUAGGG